GCUACAUGCAUAUAUAUACUAUACAAACAUACAUUUAUAAACUUCCAAAAUUUAAUAUUGGAUUAGAAUAAUGUCCAAGAAAUCUCUCCGUUGGAGAAAUGACUCGGGAGAGCUUGAUGUAUUUGAGGCUGCAAAAUAUUUUUCAGAUUCCGUAGAUAGUUCAACUUUUCCACGCAAGAAUCAUCAUCAACAUGAGACAUGGAGACGAGGGAGAAGGAGCCUAGACAUGCCCGUGCCAUUCCGAAAGUCAUCGUCCCUAAUCCUCCCGACGGACCCUGAAAUGGAAAAACCACGGCCCGUCGAGAGGAUUUCUAGUCGAAAGCACAAGCAACCAAGCUCUCCUCGAGUGAGACUUGCCAACUUCCUCAACUCUCUCUUCAACCAAACGAAGAAGAAGUCGAAAACGGAGAAGGACAAUGAAGAUGAAGAUGAGAUCCCGGGACGGAUAAGGAGUAGAAGAAAAUGGGGUUUCAAAAGUCCUCGCUCCGUAUCUACUACUGUUACUACUACUGCUACUUCUUGCGCAAAUGCGCCAGCAAAGUCGUGUAAAGACUUUGCUAUUUUCCCCGAUGUUAAUCAUCAAAGGGUGAUCAACCACAAGAUUAUAUCAACCUUGGCAAAAAACAAGGUUGGGUCUAACUCAACACCAAAAAAGGUAUUGAGUAGUGCUUGUGAGAAACAAAUAUUGAAGGUAAGAAUAAAAAGGGAUAAUGAAGAAGAAGAUCAUGAUGAUGGGUGUAGUGAAACUAGCUCUGAUCUGUUUGAUCUACCAAUUAGUGAAUUGAUGAAGGAUUUGUACUCAUCAUCAAGUGGAUUGCCUGUUUACGAAACUACUCAAAUUGAUAGCAUCAAGAGGGGGAACAAACCCAUUUUUGCAGCGGUAAUUUGAUCAUAGAUUUGGUUGGAAGCUAUUGGGAAAUUUAUUGACGCCGAUUUUGAUUGGUUUUUUUUUUUUUACUUUUACAAUUGUUAACUAAUCUUUUUUUUUCAUUCAAAAAAACUAAUCUUUUUUUUGUCAACCCAAUUUUCUUGGGGUUUUUUAUAUUUUACUUUCCAGUAAAUAAUAUACUCCAUACUACGUACUACGUACGAAUUAGUAGAGUAAUAAAUACCAUAAAUGAACACCAGGCUCACAACACACAAAUAUAUUUGUCAACGUUGACUAUUUAGAUAAAUAUAUUGUUCACUUGUAACAAAAAAGAAAUAAUUAUUCGG